AUGACGAUGGCAGCACCGGAUGGCAAAUCACUGCACCCCCAGCCACAGUCCGCAGAGAAGCAUCAAUUUCGCCGGCAGUUUGCCCCAGAGACUCGGGCAAACCAGUCAUUCCGCUCGGAGAGCUUGAGGCUUCCUGUGGGGCCGGCUGUUACUGUAAGUCAACUCUUCGCGCACACAGACAGGGAAGCAAGACGUUUGGAUGAGCCUGUGCAGCCCGAAGCGGGUCUGCUUGGCACGCGUGUGCAGCGGAGCCAGCUCAGUCCGCAGGCCUUAUCGCCGACUUCGUCGCCAUCCGUGCUGCAAGCAAAGCCGAAGCAUCUUACCCAUCACACCUGGGCUCGUGCUGUAAGCGAAGAUGUGAGCUCUCCUUCCUCGACUGCUUCUCCUGCUCCGCAGUCACCAUCAGCGGUGUCACUGGCGUCUUGGAGGUCAUCGCCUGCCUCACCGCCACGCUCCCCCCAGGUGGCCAGGCUUGCCCCUCUCAAAGGCCGGGCCCUCUCAAUGGACAGUGGGUUUCCUUCCAGCUUUGCGAGAACUCCAAGCAGUGACGGUGACAAGGAGGAGUGCCUGCUGCCGGUUGUGGAGGCAUCCUUGCCGGAGCAAAAGCAGGAUGCGCAAGAUGGCAUCCGGCUCCGCAGCAAGCACUUACGAGUGCGUCUGCAAAAGGCUGUGGCAUUGCAGCGGCUGUGCGACGAAGAAGGAAUACAAAACGAUAUUGCCAUCAAAGCACCUGCAGCUCGAAAGGCGCGCCGAUCUCGCUGCCACACCGUCCACUCCAUGAUUGAUGGUCGGCCUGUCAGCCAGGGGGAGCGCGAAAGAUGGGACGCAGCUUUUGCAAGGUUCGCGAGCGACGGCGAGAUCCAUGUGGAUGACUUAAAACAGGCUUUAGUCCUGUGCGGAUUCUGCGACGUGCGAGAGGUGGCUUUGAAAGACGCACUCAAAGACCUGACCAUCUACAAUACUCUUGACAUUGGUGAGUUUGAGCGGUUCGUGUGCCGGUUUGAAGCUGGCCUCCACGAGACCUACAAGUCGGAAUUCAGCCAGGUAGACACCAGCAGUGCCGGCUCGAUUGAUGCUGGACAGCUGGACCGCUUGCUGAUCCGAAUUGGACAGCCCGUUCGCAGAUUUGUGCUGGAUGAGCUGGUGAACGAAGUCAGUGGCAAUGGCAGUGGCUGCGUGGAUUUCGAUGGCUUCCUUAAGAUUCGCCACUUGAUCAAGAAGCGCGAAGGUUUUGCUGCAGGGGAGCUUGAUCUUUUCUCUCAAGUCUUUGAGCACUUUGACCGUGAGAAGACGGGCACCAUUUGCCAAGAUGAGUUCUCGAGCGCACUCGCUUGGCUGGGAUUCCCCAGCAACUUCGCCGAGCACGAACCAAGCACAAGUUCAAGACUCAGCGAGGGGGAGUUUUUCCGGCGCCUUGCAAAGGUUCAUGAGCAGGAGACAGCGCUGAUCGACAAAUUCUUGGCAAGCAAGACCGUCAACAAACACAUAACGUCAGGCGCGGCAGAGAGUAAGACAAUGGUGAAGCAUGAGGCGUUACCCCACAGCCUCACAAUGUCGUCUGUCGGCAUGAAGUGA